AUUCCGCUACGCCGACGCCAGCUGGCGCAGCAGCACGGCACAACGCAGUAGCAACCAGGACUGCAGCGCUGCUGGGUCGUGCUGCAAAGUGAGAGCCGCCGUGUUUGGGUGCAAGCGAGGUUAUUGCUGAGAUCACUUUUCAGUCAGCAGCUCGAUGAGUGACGGUUGUGACAGUGGCGGUGGGGACACAGGCGGAGGCUGCGACAGUGGGGGUGGCUUCUCCGGAGGCGGAGACUCCUCCUGGAGUGGUGGGGGCGGCGGGGGAGACCACGGCAGCAGCGACAGCCACCACCACUCGUCCAGCCACUGGGACAGUGGCAACCACACAUCCAGCCACUGGGGCAGCGCUAACAAGACCGAGUCCAGCACCGACAAUAAUGACUGGUGGAAGUCGUAUGGGGCUGGAGCCGGAGCUGACGCAGGAACUGCCGACAACGCGAACUGGUCGAGCACCACCAAUUACAAUGAUGACAGCAGCCAACGCAAGCGUGAUAAUCGUAGAGGAGGAGGAGGCGGUGACUGCUGCAACCUGUUAUAGCAGCAGCAGCAGUCUCAACGCCAUUGGUCAGCAGCGCCAAAGGAUGUCAUCAGCGCUAACUAACUCCUGUUCUUGGGAGUUUUGAUUUUGCCACAUCGAGACAUGGAAUAUGUGGCUGGGCCCGUUUAUGAACUUUCGUCUCCGAUUAGUGAGACAGAACAAUUUUGUACAAAUAUUUCGUCUGUGGACAGUCGAAUUAACAUAGAACAUGCGUAGCAUUUGUCUAGACUUGGGAAUUCAAAUUAACUACAGCAAAAACAAAGGACCAAAUUAAUUUAAUUAAAAAAAAGCUGUUAGUCACCAGAUUAAUUGAAAUGAGUUGUUUUGUAUCCACAAUCACUUAUCCAUUAGACUUCCUCAGUAGUAAUGUCACUUUCUACAAGCAAAUAGUUCAACUCGCUGCAGACUAGGCACUAAUUACCAUCCUUGGUCAGCUCAGACUGACUUCCUCAGUCUGUUAAGACUUGCUCUGAACCUUUACUGAUUAAGAUUUGUGUCUGUGAUUGCAAAGUUAGCUGAGUGGCUACCAAGUAACCUGCUACAGUCAUACUCUGUAUUUCUGUUUCUUCGUGAGGGUAAGUGCUGUGUUCAUUUAUUCUGUAACCAACCAAAAUAUAUCACAGUGAUUUGUGGAACUUACGAACUAAACCAUAUUUCAUGCUCAAAUAACGGUAGGUGUGGACGUGUAGUCAAAGUUUUCUUCACUUUUGUCUCAAAACAUCCGAAAAUUUGAUUUAGCCUUUAAAAAGAACUGUAGUUUGGCACUUGGUUUAAUUCAGAACAAAAAAAAAUCAUUUAAGAGCAGAGCAUCAGUGUUAACAGUCGCUGGUAUACGUCAGUCUCUGCACUGUUGACGUGAUGGUAAAUCUGCUGGUGGGGAACGUCAAAUUUUGUAUGACAUUAAAGCUGUUGGAGGCUCAUAACUGACAGAACAAUUAGUCUGUUUCAGUUUUCGUCUGACAUUUUUGUGCUUCGUCUUUGCACAGAGAUGUGUGUCUAUUGUCUACUGUGAUCAGUCUUAAAGAAAGAAAAUUCCUUUCUGUCAUCACCACAUAUAAUAAUUCCAAGUUUUCUAGUAGCUUGUCAGAUAUUAUUAUUACGAAGGAUCUAGACCAGACAUGAUUACGAAAUUUGGAAACUGAAUUCCUUGUAUGAAACUAAAAAAAAAUGCACUUUGAUACUGCUGUGGUCCACUCUGAAAUAUUGAACUUUUUUGUGAGAAAAUUAGCUGUAGUUACACAAUUAGAUUAAUGACCGAUCUGUCUGGGAUCUGGCAGUAUUUUUCUCAUAAUUAGAUUGUUUCACUUUACUAUGUAGCUAUAAUGUGAUUUGUAUGAAAUUAUGUAACUCUUUCCAAAGUACAAGCCCAAGAAAGUGAGCAUGAUAAUGGAGUGGAACCUCCAGGUGACUGUACACUUAUUUCAGGAAGUUUAUCAUUAGCUUCUGUGGUAACUGUCGCUUUUCAUAACCUCAGCAAACUCUUUUGCUUCUAUUGUCAUAGAUUAUCGAUAGAACUUUGAUUGAAUCACUGUGAAUGUAAUGUUGUAAGACAAGAAAAAGUGCACUUUUUUAUUGGAAUGCUGGCUAUGGGUCUUCUUCCAUAUGUUAUUGUUACUUAAUGUAUUUUGGUCUUUGUAUUUAUGUAUUUUUGUGUAGCUAACAAUAUUCUUUAACAUGUACUACAUGAUUUCUUCGUGAAUGCUCAUCUUUCAUAUCCUAAAUUCAUGUAAUGUGUCAAUCUGCAUCAGCAGGUGAUCGAAUGUACACAGUUUGUCUCUGGCUUGUACCUGAAACAUGUAUAUCAGUAUCGAUGUUUGCCUGAAUAGUUCAACCCAAUGCACCUUCAAUGUAUGAAUCUGCAAUGAUUUAUUAUAAAUGUUCUAAUUGGAAAUCUCAAAAUAAAAGAAUAUUCAAAUGA